UGAAAGACAACCAUCAAGCUUCUGUAAGCUCACUCCAGCUUCAAACAUACGAUACACAGACACAACAACUUCUCAAUUUUAAUUUUUGGAAAACUUCCUUACUUGAAGUCUAUGAUAGGGACCUUAAAGAGGGAUUGGUUCGAAAUUCAGAAGGUAAAAAGGGUGGAAAGCCUUCUAAACCGCAAGGAAAAUGAAGGCCCUCACACCCGGUCUACGCUCUGUAUCGAGCAAACAGGGUUUCAUACAACAUCGCAUACAAUCACUCCCUAUAGGGUCGGCAGCAACAAUGAUAUCACCCGCUACACACGACUGUAGUAGCAAAAAUAGAAGCAACAGAAGACAAUUCUCAGUCCUCAACCGGCCACUACCAAACUACCCCGGCCACGUGCCACUCACGGGCAUAGAGCGUGCAGCCCUAGCCGUCGGGUCCGGGGUAAUGUCCCUAAUCGACCCAUACCGGCACGACAUGAUCGCAGCCUUAGGCGAAGCCACCGCAUCACCAUACUUCAUCCAGCGUCUGCGUCGGGCCAUGCUCUCAUCCCCCAUAGGCCGACGUAUCCUACGCGACCGUCCGCGCAUAACCUCCACUUCUUUGAACCUACCCCAUCUGCGUUCCUUACCCAAGAACACAGUCGGCGCUGCAUAUGUAGCGUGGUUGGAUAGAGAGGGCGUGUCCCCGGAUACGCGCGACGGGGUGCGGUAUAUCGACGACGAGGAGUGCGCGUACGUAAUGCAGCGGUACCGUGAAUCGCACGAUUUCUACCACGCCCUAACCGGGCUACCCAUUGUGCGCGAGGGCGAGGUUGCACUUAAGGCGUUCGAAUUUGCAAAUACGUUACUCCCUAUGACGGGGUUAUCGAUGCUAGCCGUAGCAACACUAAAACCGGCGGAGCGACAACGGUUUUGGAGUAUUUACGGGCCCUGGGCGGUGCGCAAUGGGUUGAAGAGCGAUGAGGUCAUUAAUGUCUACUGGGAGGAGGAGAUGGAGACCGAUGUAGAUGCGCUUAGGGCGAGGCUGGGGAUCGAGAGACCGCCUGAUCUUAGGGAUAUACGGAAAAGAGAGCGCGAAGAGAGGAAGAGAUUGAAGGAGACUGCUGCUGCGCAAGCGGUCGCGAGUUAACUGCAUUUUAAAGGAAGGAAAUAAAGGGU